AAAACCCAUUGCCACGCCGAGCGGAUAAAGAUAAACCUUUCUGCAGUCUGCUUAACCACCAAAACGUUCGUCUUCCCAAUUUCGUGUUCCUGGCGCCAGUUCGGAACUCCGGCCAUGGCUGCUCUGAAGCUCUGGUACACUUCAACUUUCUUCUCUUUCACUCCAUCUAAAUCUCUCUCUAGGCCUUCUCCGCUUGCUGCCACUCCUUCAAUUUCUUCCUGUUUCCCUGUUCCACCUUCACUUUCCUCGUCAAACUUAUUCGGUUGCCACAAAUCUUCCUCGCUCUCGUUUCGAACGCUUUGCGAAUGCACUGCGGUUACUGGUAAUACUGGACUCCCUGAAAAUUACGUAGAUGCCGAAGGAGAGGAUCCGGGAGAGUUCGAUGACGAAUUUGACGAUGAGGAUUACUCCAUUGAUGUGGAGGCUCUGGAAGAAGAAGCCAAAGACGUUCUUCGAGAUUAUUCUAGCUCUUUAUCUCUCGAACUAAGAAUCGAUGAUGAAUUGAAUGAUCAACCAGAGACUCGUCGGAAGAAGAAGCGUAACACUACACCUAGAAAUUUAAUCCCAGACCAUCUUCUUCCAAGAGUCGCAAUUGUUGGAAGGCCAAAUGUUGGUAAAUCUGCAUUGUUUAAUAGACUUGUUGGGGGGAACAGGGCUAUUGUCGUGGAUGAACCUGGCGUUACUAGGGAUCGGUUAUAUGGUAGAUCCUUUUGGGGGAACAAUGAAUUUAUGGUGGUGGAUACAGGAGGGGUUCUUUCUGUCUCGAAAACACAAAAUGAUGUUAUGGAGGAAUUGGCUAUCUCGACAACCAUAGGCAUGGAUGGCAUUCCCCUUGCUUCCAGGGAAGCAGCUGUUGCAAGGAUGCCGUCAAUGAUUGAGAGGCAAGCUACAGCAGCUGUGGAAGAAUCAUCUGUUGUCAUAUUCCUUGUGGAUGGCCAGGCAGGUCUAACUGCAGCAGAUGAAGAAAUUGCUUAUUGGCUCCGUAGAAACUACUCAGAUAAGUUUACAAUUCUUGCAGUUAACAAGUGUGAGUCUCCGCGUAAAGGAAUGAUGCAGGCAUCAGAGUUUUGGUCUUUGGGGUUUACACCUCUUCCAGUAUCUGCUCUAUCUGGAACUGGGACUGGAGAGCUUCUCGAUCUUGUAUGUUCCAGACUACAAAAAAUUGAGAGUCCUGACGAUCUUCAUGAAGAAGAAGAUUACAUUCCAGCUAUAGCAAUUGUUGGUCGACCUAAUGUUGGUAAAAGUAGUAUUUUGAAUGCUUUGGUCGGAGAGGACAGAACAAUUGUCAGCCCAAUCAGUGGAACUACCCGUGAUGCUAUUGAUACUGAAUUUACAGGACAAGAUGGUCAGAAAUUCCGAUUAAUUGACACUGCUGGAAUUAGAAAACGGGCUGCUGUAGCAUCAUCUGGUAGCAUGACUGAGUCUCUAUCUGUCAAUCGAGCAUUUCGUGCAAUUCGUCGUUCUGAUGUAGUGGCUCUUGUCAUUGAAGCCCUGGCUUGUAUCACUGAACAGGAUUGCAAAAUAGCCGAAAGAAUUGAGAAAGAAGGAAAAGGUUGCCUAAUAGUUGUCAACAAGUGGGAUACUAUCCCAAAUAAAAACCAACAGACGGCAAUGUAUUAUGAGCAAGAUGUUAGGGAGAAGCUACGUUGUCUUGAUUGGGCACCUAUUGUGUACUCGACUGCAAUAGCUGGUCACAGUGUCGACAAGAUUAUAACUGCUGCUAGUGCAGUUGAAAAGGAGAGAUCUAGAAGGCUAACUACUUCCAUACUAAAUCAAGUACUACAGGAAGCAUUAGCUUUUAAGGCACCCCCAAGGACUAGGGGUGGCAAGAGAGGACGUGUUUACUACUGCACGCAGGCUGCUAUAAGGCCACCCACGUUCGUUUUUUUUGUAAAUGAUGCAAAGCUUUUCCCUGAGACAUAUCGGCGGUAUAUAGAGAAGCAACUGCGUGCAGAUGCAGGUUUUCCUGGAACACCGAUUCGACUUCUUUGGCGAAGUAGAAGAAAAAUGGAGAGGGAUGAAGCUAAGGGUACGACAAAGGCACAUACUAAUCUAAUACAACGAGAUAGAGAAGUUUCUUUCGCAAUAUGAGUAGAUGGUGGAAAGAUAAGUACGAAAUGCAGAACAAUCAAAUCAAAUAGUUGAAAAAUCGCUGUCUAGACUGUGUAAACCUGGAGCUGGAAGGACAAACAAUUCAAACGUGGUUGUUGAGGAGCAAAUAUUUCAAGUCCUCCAAGUAUGGCAACUUUUUCCCCAUUAUUUUUAAAGUUUUAAUUUUAUCAAUCGGUGAUUCAAUGUUAUGGUUCAAAGUAAAAUAAAGAUUUGGAUAUAUGGAUGUAAAUUGCCUUCUGAUUGCACGUUAGUUUUAGUCGAUGGAAAAGCUGCUCAAGUAAUAAAUGAAUGAACUGCAACUGCACCAAUGGGAAUGAAACUGUGUCAGAUGUGGGCCCUCUGUUUGAUAAAGACGAGAUCCACCCUUAAGAUCUAUUGAAAAUAGAGAAAUUAGAGUUCCUGAGUUUGUACUUUCUAAACUUCAUCUAAUCUUUUGGUGUUGUAAUUUCUUUAAGGAGAAUUAGAGCGUCGGACAGAUUUUAAGGUUUAGUUUUAAAAAAUGUUAAAAUCGAUAAAUAAUAAAAUUUAUGAUAAC